AUGUCGACCUCACAAUCAAUGACUGCAAGCUCCAAUCCAUCGUCAAGUUCGUUCCGAUCAAUUAGCAAGGGGAUCACAAGCUCGAAGGUCUCCUUAACAUCAUUUCGUCGCGCUGAGUCUUCCACAAGAAUAGGCGCAAGCUCUACAGUAGUAAAUCGUUUAUCGUCGAAGAUUUUUUCUCCAGGUACAGGAACAACCGCUCUGCAAAGUCAAUCUUCUACGGCACCACUUCAAUCUCGCCUGGCCAUUGCGCUGCAGACGGGGAAUGAAGGAGGCGUCACUGAAAGGGAACUUCUAAGCGCUCUCAGAAAUGCUCUCGAUUCACGGAAGUCACUCGGCUACCAGCUGCUGCCCGACAGCCCGUCUAUUACUUGGCUCCUGGAUGCGAACACUGCUUUUGUGGAGGAUCCUGGAACCCUCCAAAACAUCUUGUAUGCAAACAAGAACCUCAAGCCUGGAGACUUUCCCAACAAUUCUUCCUUGGCUGCUGCGGGCUCAGCACCAGGUUCUGAUACGAGACUGGCAUACUUUGGGGGUAAUCCUUUCGUCACUAACGAUGGAGGCACCUACUAUCCUUGGAAACCUGUGAGCGACCCCGGCAUGCGUACAUUUGACACAAAUAUCGUCACGUGGCUUCUUGGGCUGCCUAUCGGCACGCGUGGAGAUGCUGUCUCAGCCAAUGUCAAUAUAGUACUUUCAGGGCUUAAAGAUACUGCGGAAAACAACACACAGUAUGCACUCUCUCAGCUGUUCCCAAAUGCCCGGAUAAACGGUGGUAGAACCGGAAACAACGUCUGCGAUUUCGUAGGAAACAGCAGCCCCUGUCUCGCGGGCGCUAGUCUUCUGAUUGUCGGCGACAAUCGCAAUCCUGGAGAUGAUACCGUUGCCAACGCUGUUGUUAAAACGUAUCGAAACGGUUUGCCAUUACUGGUUAUGACAGAAGAUGGCAACUAUGCCCCGGACUCUUGGAAAAUUACUCAACAGCUGGGCUUGACGCUUGGGCAAAAUUACUUCGAGGGACAGAAGGUGAUCAACAAUUCGCUAAAGAGCUACCAAGCUCCCAGUAGUAUUAUCAAUGAUGACUUCCGCACCGAUGUCCUGCAGGUAUACUCUUCCCUCAGUAGCGACCCACUACGCCCUGCAGACUAUGCUGUGUGCAUAGCUUCGAACGGCAAUUUGACUCGCACCAUACGUAUGGGAGAAUGCGUGGAAACCCCUCCAACUGGAGUGACCGCCCAUGCACUUCCGUACUUCGGCGCAGCCCAUAGAUUGCAGACCAGCAUCAAUAGCAUCUCUUCCAAUGGUCUCGACAUCUUCAAGACAACCAACGGUGUCAACACAGAGACCUUGCGCCUCUUGACUCUCCUGGCCAACAAGAUCCGAGUUGGCCCUCGGGGCAUGUCAACGGACACUGCUGUUGCUAUCAGAUAUCCCAUCAACACGAGGACCGAUGGCGUAGCUGUAACCAGGGCCUUGUUUGCCGACUGGAUUGUUCCUAUGAGCACAGCGUCGACUCCGCGAGCCUUUGACCUUGGUUCCUUGUGGUGCCAUGAUGGCGCCGUCUACGAAGCAGGCAAUUGCACAGCUCCCUCUUUUCCCGAUUUCAUGUCUUAUCAACUGGCGUUGGACUCGACGCUCAACGAUGAGUGGACAUCCACGGGAUACACUCAAAUUCCUGGGCGACCUGCCACGAUCACACUGACCAACGACCCUGGCAUACCCGUAGCUGUGCGUACAUUUGCGACUCGCAAUGCCGAUAGUCGGACAGCGGAAUACAGUGCUGCUGGCGCGUCGCUCUACAAUCGUCCGCAGUUUCCAGUCAGCGUUUGGAUCCCACUGAAACCUGGAAUACCGACCGUCAUGAAUUCACCUUAUGGUGGCCCACUGUACAUCAGCCUCGACGGAACCGGGCUGACCAGCCCACGGCAGGCCUCCUUUCUAUUGCAAGAUGUGAGCAAACAUUUUGCUGUGCUAAAUGCCAGCAAUGACAACGCCCUCACACAGCUGGCUCAAGACUUGACGAGAUCCCCGGCGUACUGGGUCGAUAUAAAAGGAUCCGGCUUUGAACUCCAUGUCCCUGCACGGAAGCUUGCACAAUCUCUUGCGCCAGGUGGUAUAGAACUAAACUUGGGCGAUAAUCGCAGGCUUUACUACAACUCUACGUUGACUGGACUGAGCCAGCUCAUGAUCGACUAUAAGACGAGCUGGGCUGAGCGAGAGUAUCGCAUGGCGGGGCUCAAGAUCGAUGGGGAACCCAUGACUACGUCGCUGCCUCUGGAGGUGCAACAGCUCUGCCAACACCUCAGCUGGGACUGCUUGAAUGAGACUAUACACCGCAUCACUGAAGUUCAGCACUUGACCUACGAUGCGUACGCUGCCUGCGGUCAAUUGUGUUCAGGAAAUCCCAUCACUGCCAGUACUGUCCCAGCACCGAUUGCUUGGGGUGAAGGCCACGAGCUUGGGCACAACCUACAACGGCAGGCGCUCGACAUCUACUGGCCAGAUACAAGCCUCGGCAAACAGUUAGGUGCUAUCAACACCUGGGCGAAUUAUUCCAUGCGAAGCACGGAAGUAUCAAACAACAUUUUCCCCUACUUCAACCAAUGGACUUACUUUCGACUUACGCUCCCCGCCCGCUUUCACACCGGAGUAGACGAUGGUCCGCUGCGCCGUCAUGAUGUUCAAGAUAUGACUAUCUUGUUCAGCGCACAUCAAUCAGCGUACUCGAGACUGCAGCAAAACGGUCAGAGUGUUGUUCUAGACAACACAUGCAAAGUACUCGGUUCGUUUCCUAUAGGGACCCGCUCGGAUGUGAUGCUCGCAGACGCAGUCUGGAGCAAUGAUGGCUACGCUGUAAACAACGGCGAACGCUUGAGCUUCUAUUUUGCGCUCCCGCAGAUACUGCAGGGCAACCCAUUGGCAAACGGGGUAAUUCUCGCCGACGGGAGGAACAUAUACACACUGAUGUACCAAGCUGCCCGUCUCUUCUCCGCUUACGCUACAGAUGCCGCCACAUGGCAGGCCCACGCUGCCUCGCUGGGAUUCAGUCGCUACAGCUACACAAACGACACUGUAUAUGGUGCGGGUAGAACAGUCAACGACAUGAUUGGCAACGACUUCCUGGUUGUGGUGCUGUCACAGAUGACACGCUACGACUUUCGUCCGUACUUCGCCGCGCAUGGCAUCUUCUAUACGGCGCUCGCGAACACGCAGGUUGCAGCAAAUGCGGCGAGUGUCGGCUACCGCACGCUGGGAUCGCCCCACGCCGUGCUGGGAGACCAGUAUCCGAAGACGAACUUGAGUAUUACUCCCGUAGGCGGGUCUGGAGCAUAUGUAACUCGCAACGUUGGUAUAGACAUCGGAAAUGCGGCGACCGUGUGGCCGGGAGCUGAUAAUGAUGGAGAUGGAAAGCCGGAGGACCUGGUGGGCUUUCAUCCCAAGAACUGUCCGGGUGUCACGGUCGGCGCUGCAUAG